AGCCUUUCAGCUCAGGCGCAUCCUAGAGCCAGUUAAGCUGAGCCGGCAGCAUGUGGAACGCGACGCCGAGCGAGGAGCCGGGACCCAACCUCACGCUGCCGGACCUCGGCUGGGACGCUUCCCCCGACAACGACUCGCUAGCGGACGAGCUGUUGCCGCUCUUCCCCGCGCCUCUCCUGGCCGGUGUCACCGCCACCUGCGUGGCUCUUUUCGUGGUGGGCAUCGCGGGCAACCUGCUCACCAUGCUGGUGGUGUCUCGCUUCCGCGAUAUGCGUACCACCACCAACCUCUACCUGUCCAGCAUGGCCUUCUCCGACCUGCUCAUCUUCCUCUGCAUGCCCCUCGACCUCGUCCGCCUCUGGCAGUAUCGGCCCUGGAACUUCGGCGACCUGCUCUGCAAACUCUUCCAGUUCGUCAGCGAGAGCUGCACCUACGCCACGGUGCUCACCAUCACCGCGCUGAGCGUCGAGCGCUACUUCGCCAUCUGCUUCCCGCUGCGGGCCAAGGUGGUGGUCACCAAGGGUCGGGUGAAGCUGGUCAUCCUGGUCAUCUGGGCCGUGGCCUUCUGCAGCGCCGGGCCCAUCUUCGUGCUGGUGGGGGUGGAGCAUGAGAAUGGCACCGACCCUCGGGACACCAACGAGUGCCGCGCCACCGAGUUCGCCGUGCGCUCGGGACUGCUCACAGUCAUGGUGUGGGUGUCCAGCGUCUUCUUCUUCCUGCCUGUCUUCUGCCUCACUGUGCUCUACAGCCUCAUCAGCAGGAAGCUGUGGCGGAGGAGGCGCGGCGAGGCGGCCGCGGGCACCUCGCUCAGGGACCAGAACCACAAGCAAACCGUGAAAAUGCUGGCUGUAGUGGUGUUUGCAUUCAUCCUCUGCUGGCUGCCCUUCCACGUAGGGCGAUAUUUAUUUUCCAAAUCCUUUGAGCCUGGCUCCCUGGAGAUUGCUCAAAUCAGCCAAUACUGCAACCUCGUGUCCUUUGUUCUCUUCUACCUCAGCGCUGCCAUCAACCCCAUUCUGUACAACAUCAUGUCCAAGAAGUACCGGGUGGCGGUGUUCAAACUUCUGGGAUUUGAACCUUUCUCUCAGAGGAAGCUCUCCACUCUGAAGGAUGAAAGUUCUCGCGCCUGGACAGAAUCUAGUAUUAAUACAUGACCAAGCACAUUGCUGAGCAAAGUCAUCGCUUAUUAUUCUAACCCAGAAGCCAUAGCACAGCAGAACGUGGGAGGAAGUUGAAGGUUAAUUCUGGAAUUAGGGACACAUAGGUCUGGAAACAAUUGAGGGGAAAGAAACGAUAGAAUUUGUAGUGUGUGAGCAGUUUGAUUUGAUUGCAAACUCACCAGUGCUCUCAUACACUAUUUCUGCAUAUUCAUUGCCUAUGAUUUUGCAUUCUGCUGGUAGUGCUAGGAUCUGGAGAAAGGAGGAAGGGCAGAGAGGUCAAUAAGGGCACUUCUUACUGGAUAAAUACUAAAUCUGAUUUACUUUUUCAUAAUGAUAAGAAAGCUUUGAUUAAAAGAAUGA